AUGCCGCAUAAAUCGCUUUUUUCCGACGUUGCCAUCCCUCCCGUUGACGUCUGGAGCUUUUACAUGGAGGGUCCGAGGGGAUUCCCAGACAACCACGAGAUCCUAGUUGACGGCGACACGAAUCGAUCAUACACGUUUAGUGAUGUUAGGGAUCUCUCUGCUUCGUUUGGACGUGGCCUGAAGCACGUCUUUAAAUGGAACAAGGGAGAUGUACUUGGCUUUUUUACACCCAACCACAUCGACGCGGUUGUCACCAACUUUGGCGUCAUCUGGGCUGGCGGCGUGGCCAGUCCAGCGAAUCCGACGUACACAGCCGAAGAACUCGCGCACCAGUUAAAAGAUUCCCAUGCUAGGGCUCUUGUUACCCAUGCGGCAUUUCUACAAACGGCGUUAAAGGCUGCCGAGCUCGCUAAUAUACCACCGGAGAAUAUCAUCUUGCUGGGUGAUGGAAAAGACAAGCAUGGGAAGUGUAAGCACUGGACGGAGGUGACGGCAAAGGGGGCCUGGAUUCAACCCAAGAGACCCAAUAUUGACCCUCGAAAGGAUCUUGUCUAUCUGGUGUACAGCUCCGGCACAACUGGGCUUCCGAAGGGGGUUAUGCUCACGCAUUAUAACAUGGUCGCCAAUUCAUGCCAGUUUUCUCGGUUUGAUCCCCAGCUGAUAAGCUGGGACAUGGAUUCUCAACUUGGAGUUCUUCCGUUCUUCCACGUCUACGGCCUCGGCGUCGUCCUCAAUGUCACUCUCACUACAGGCGUCAAAUGCGUCGUCAUGGCCAAGUUUGACCUCGCCCAAGCCUGCCAGCUGAUACAGGACCACCAACUGACCUUCAUGUACGUUCCGCCACCGAUCAUCCUCGCGCUCGGCAAGCACCCGCUCGUCGAGAAAUACAACCUGUCGUCAUUGCGCUUCGUCAACUCGGCCGCCGCGCCGCUCAGUCGGGACCUUGUGGACGCCGUGUGGGAGAGGCUCCAGGUCACAGUGAAACAGGGUUACGGACUCUCAGAAACAAGUCCGGCAGUGUCUGUCCAAUUGUUCGAUGAGUGGGCGCGGUUUCAAGGUUCUGUGGGCAAGUUGGUACCGAAUAUGCAGGCGAAAGUCGUUGAUCCCGAGGGAAACGAGGUUUCUACCGGAACUGUAUGUCCGGGAGAGCUACUGAUAAAGGGCCCUAACGUUUUCCAUGGGUAUUGGAAUAAGCCUGAACUUAACAAAGAUACAUUCACCGAAGACGGUUGGUUCAAAACGGGCGAUGUCAUGUACAUGUGCCCAAGAGGAAACCUCUUCGUCACUGAUCGCAUCAAGGAGCUCAUCAAAUACAAGGGCUUCCAAGUUGCCCCCGCCGAGCUAGAAGCAAAACUGAUUGGUCGCAAGGAUAUUGCCGACGUGUGUGUCAUUGGUGUGUGGAAUGAGGCCGAGCAAACCGAGGUCCCGCGAGCCUACGUAGUUCCCGGCGCGGGCGUUGAUGCGAGUGAGGAACUGGCAGCGGACAUUGCCAAAUGGCUGAGCAGCCAAGUCGCACCCGCGAAGAAAUUGCGCGGAGGAGUCCGAUUCCUCAAGGAGAUUCCAAAGUCCGUGUCGGGCAAGAUUUUGAGGCGAGUGUUGAGGGAUCAGGUCAAGAAAGAGGAGGAGUCGGGACCACAAGCCAAGCUGUAA